GAGUGAUGUAAAAUGGAGGACACGGCAAGCCAGCUAAUUCCUAAAGAAUGUUAGCUAUAUGCAGUUAUCUUAGCCAGCCAGCUAACUUUAGCUUUUUAGCCAACUAGAUAUUAGCCAGCCUAGCCAACCAUCACGGUUAUGGUCGGCAAGCCAGGGCCCAUCAACUGGAGACCAGCUAAAACACAACUAAAACAUAACCACAGACCACAAGCAAAGAGAGAGCAGAGACUUACAGAUUGUUGGUUGGGGCCCAUCCAAUAGUGAAAGAGGGCAGGCUGAGUUGGCUACCAAACCCAGGGGAGGCAGGUGCUUCACCAGGCCGAGGGAGAGUCGGUAAGGGAAAUCCAAUAGCUAUAUAGUGAGAGAGAACCAAAAUAGAUAGAUUCCAGAUGUCAGUCAAAUAGCGCACUAGCACUAAGCCAAGGUGGGAAAGGUUACAGAACUCCCAUAGCCUACUUCAAAGAGAACAUGCCAAAAAGUUGACAAGACAAAAUAGAGAACAGACAAGGUACUACACAAUUAGUGCAAGAAGGCAUAAGAGCCUGCCGUGCUAACGAGUUCUCACUAGAUAACACAGCCACAAAGUCCGUGAAGAGCUUGAGCUAGCUACAGAGUUAGCAUAUGAACUCGGGAGCACAGAGUUGAUUCUCCAUAUGACGUUGAGAAAUGGUGUAUAGUGCAAACUCAUGCUUCCUACCCUUUUUUAAAGACUGUAAAAUCACCAGGAAAUCAGAUCAGUGAUUUUAAUUUAGGAAAUCUGUUCCCAAUGUAAGCAUGUUUGAAAUCAUUGUUUUUGUCAUACUAUAUCUGUUUGGGCUUCUUGCAGUCAACUUGCAGUGUACAAAUGAUUUAUGAUGUUCCGACCCUCCACUCAAGAUCCCUGGUCUAGCCUAUAACCAUUUACUGUAGUAUAAAAAAGGCUGGAGAUCUGGUAUGCUUCCUGUGCCAUCUCUAUUCAACCACUCUGCUAAAUGGCUCCAACAAGACAAAAGGUUAGACCAAAAAAUAAAAGGUGACCUCAUUACAGUUAUGCAACACUAAUCUCAUUAACUGGCAGAACACCUUUUCCUACCCGUGGUGACUGAGGAGGAGAUCAGAAGGGUUGAGUUAUUUUAGGUGCUGUCAUGUCCGUAAAAUCAGGUCAUGGUGAGAGAAGCCCUUGUACCUCUCAGCUAACAGUACACUGAUAUAUUAAUGUCUAGAGUGUGGAUGAGGGGGUUUCAUCUAAAUGAACCCACUAUUCCUCUGAGGAUUUACCAUUAAAUGAUUUUAUUGGUUUGACUCCACCAGUGGGUUAAACUUAUCUAAUGACGAUGGGGGUAUAAAGUAUAAACCAAAAGAGCUUAAUUUGGUUUCUUCUUUGGAGUGCUGCCUGUUUUAAUGAGAUUAGUGGUGCAUAACUGUGUUACGACUCGAGAGCUUUCCUUAUUAAAGCUAGAAUCCUAACUUGCUACAUCCAUUGUGGACUUUGAUUCUUGAAGAAUAUAACUUAAAUGUCUCAUGAGCUUAGUUCAACUGUCGUACCCCAUCAGAACCCAAAAUAUAAGAUUGUUAUACUCCAAUGUUUGUAAAUGUAAACAAAUACUGUUGCCUCCAAAACAUGGUCAAAACUAUAAUUUUGAUAUCAUAGAUGGUCAGUUCUUGCAUACAUAGCUCUCACUUUGAAUAUGAAUGCUUACAUUUCUCCAGGUUCAUCCCUCAGCUGUUUACCAAAACACAGGCGGGUUGACCACUUUUUUAAUUUCAAUUAAGGAGUUCAGAAUGCACACAGUUAGAUUUUUCUUGUGUGUUUUCUUACCUAUAUUAUUCGUUUUAUUACUGCAUUGAUGGUAAAGAGCUCACAAGUAAGCAUUUCACUGUACUGUUUUACACCUGCUGUGUCCUGUGCAAGUGACAAUCAUUGAAACAAGCACACACUCAGACUCAGGCGCACACGCUCAGAAACACUCUGAAAAUGAGGGGGCCAGGCUAUUUUGCUGUUACCCUUACAUCUCCCUCCUGUCCAUGGACAGGAGUUCAAGGGGCAUUGGGGGCCAGACCCGCUGCUUCCCAAAUGUUUUAAUUUUAGUCUACCUGGCUACCUAGUCUCAUGCUCCAAUCCUUCAUUUGAUAAUUGCCUGGAGCAGUCAUGUGAUUGUCUCAUUCAACGCUGAUGUCACCAACAUUCCUAUGGAGAGAUUCUGCUCUCCAGUUGAAAUGUAGGCCCGUAGAUAGGCCUGGCCUGCUGUGCUGUCAAUGCAGUAUUUUUAUGGAGAACAACAGAUUUUAGGUCUACAGUAUAAUUGAGUAGGCCUACAUACCAAUUAUUGAAACGGUUUCCUUCGUCUCCUUUCUUUUAGCUUUUGUCCUCUAGGGAGAUGGUAAGUAAAGUAAGUAUAGCCAACUGAAAACACAGAUACAGUCAUGUUCUUUCUCAGUUGAGUCAGAAACAUAAUGUCCACUCCACCGGUGUUUCCAGCUAUUUUUAACCUUAUGUUUGGGAAACACCUACACUCGGAUGCCACAUACCGUAUGUACAUUCUACAUAGUGUACAUGUAGCAGUUCAAUACUCAUGCUGAAUGGGGCCCUGAAGCAUUCCAGUGUAUGUGCUCUAUGAGCAGCAGACUGAGUCAGCUUAUUGAAUCACAUUCCACUCAGUUGAGUCUCUCCUCUAUCACACAGAUUAACUAAGGACAAGCCACACUAAUCUCAUUUAAUUUGGUCAUUUGUGGUGUUUGUGUGCCAUAACUCUAUGCGAGUGGUUGUAUGCCAUGUGUGUGACCCUCACGGGACAGUUAUAAUAAGCCAUUGUGGCAAGCCAGAUGAGCAGUGUGGGGAUGAAGAGAGGAGAGUGGGUUUGACACUGGUCUAUUCAGGAAUGCUCGGUAGCUCGCAGAAUCCCCAUCUCUCGAAAACUCUCUCUCUCUCUCACACACACACACACACACACACACACACACACACACACACACACAGAGCAGUCCAGUCUCUUAUACUCUCACGCACACCGAGCAGUCCAGUCACAUCCGCUUGCUCCGGAACAUUCUUUCACGUCAAUACAUCGGUUUCAGAAGAGUCCAAUCUCUCUCAGGAGAAAGAACCCCUGGAGAAAGAGAAGGAGAGAGAAACAGAGAAGAGGUGAGAGAGUGCUCUAUGUAGCGCCAUGGAGACAGCCUGGACACUGGGUCGAGCGUGAGUCAAAAAGCAAGAUUUUAAAAAGAGGGCGCGUGUGAUUCUUCUCCAUCGACGCUUCGUUUUCUUUUGUGUCUGAUGGGCAGCAGUAGCAGCAGCAGGCUGUUUGGUACCCUGGCCCAGACCCUGAAUAGUGCUCCACUGGCCCAGCAGGACUACGACCCAGAGCAGCAGUACUCAGACCAGGACCCGGAGGGCCUGGAGCAGGCCGACCCAGACCAGCUGCUCAGGGAGUGCGAGAAGAUCCUCCAGAACCGGCCGGCCCGGCCACACAGGGACCUGGUCUACCCUGCAGACCCAAAACAGCAGCACCAAUACAGGAACAAUGAGCAACAGCAAACACCAUCCAUACGGGUCAUGACAUGGAACAUCCUAGCUCAAGCUCUAGGGGAGGGUAAGGAUGGCUUUGUGCAAUGUCCUCUGGAUGCUCUGAACUGGGCUGAGAGGAAGUACCUGAUCCUGGAAGAGAUCCUCACCUACCGCCCUGACAUCCUGUGUCUCCAGGAAGUGGACCACUACUACGACACCUUCCAGCCCAUCAUGGCCAGCCUGGGCUACCACAGCACAUUCCUGCCCAAGCCAUGGUCCCCCUGCCUGGAAGUGGCCAGCAACAACGGCCCUGACGGCUGUGCGCUCUUCUACCGCCGUGCCCGCUUCGGCCUCCUCCACACCUCCCACCUGCGCCUCUCUGCCAUGAUGCUGCCUACCAAUCAGGUGGCCAUCGUGCAGACGCUGCGUUGCCGGGAGACGGGCCAGAGGCUGUGCGUGGCUGUGACCCACCUGAAGGCGAGGAGUGGCUGGGAGAAGUUGAGGGGGGCCCAAGGGGCUGACCUGCUGCAGAGCCUUAAGGCUAUCACCUCGUGGGCGGCUGUGUCAGACCCAGUCAGUAGGGGACCUGGGGGAGGGAGUGGGACAGAGGGGGUGCCUCUGAUAGUGUGUGGGGACUUUAACGCUGAGCCCUCGGAGGACGUGUACAGGCGUUUUAUCUCCUCCCCCCUGGGUCUGGACUCUGCCUAUAAGCUGCUGAGUGCAGACGGGCAGACGGAGCCGGCCUACACUACCUGGAAGAUCCGUCCCUCAGGAGAGAGCUGCAGUACCCUGGACUACAUCUGGUACUCUCACGGUGCUUUCACUGUGGACACCCUGCUGGACAUCCCCACUGAGGAACAGAUAGGACCUGACCGCCUGCCCUCAUACCACUACCCCUCCGACCACCUCUCACUGCUCUGUGAUGUCAGCUUCAGGGAGCCCAGGGAUCAACCUCAUAGGCUGAUGUAGGUUGCCUAUCUGAGGCUUCGGACAAUAGGGUCCUAGUUCAGGACAGUGCAGGAAGAAUCGACUGGAUAAAACAACGUGUGGGAGUGUGAUACUGGAAAAGUGAAUGCUUAUUUUACUUGAACUGGUGCUGAAAUUUGAUUCUGCAGAAUUGAGAGUAGUUAUUUAUUUUUUAAACCAGUACUUGUUUUCUGUCAAGUGAGAUGUUAUCCCUCAUGAUUGUUUUUCUUCAUAUGAAGUGUAUAACUGGUUUUAAAGGAACUGGAGAAUAGGACCAUAUCAAUACUGUAUCUGCUAUUAUUUUCAGUGCUGUGGCAGCAAGAAUGCCAAUGAGCAUGUCAAAAUAAAAUACUUAGACAUUCUGA